GACCCAGCAGCAGUGAAGCAGAGAGCAGAGGGUGGAGCCUGAAUCAAAACCAAACAAGCCUCCACACCCUGCAGUCUCUGGAAGUUCCUCCGCAUUCCUGCUAUAUACACAGAAAACUGGGAGGAACCACUCACUGAGGUAAGGAGUUUGGAGGGGGUGUUGGCCUGCGGUAGGACCAGAGACCAGAACCUCAUCAUCAACGCUCCCUGCCAGACUCAGCAUGAGUAAGGCAGGUGGUGAUGAAGGCGGAGGUGGCAGCAGUGAAACAGCCCAGCAGACGGAGGAGAAAACUCCAGGGGGAAAGCUGUUAAGCAAACUGAGUGCUACAACUAUCGGCCCCGGUUGGACCAAAGUCAGUUGUCCCUGUUGUGACUCGCAGCGGGUUGAGCCUCUGGUUUUGGUGAAGCUCGGAGAGAAAGUUCGCCCUGAGACGAAGAGGUGGCUCAUCAGAGUGAUCGGAGCUCCUCAGAAAGAUGGAGGUGCUGCAUUGCUGGCCCAUCCGGGCGAGGAUGCUACUGGUGACAUCAUCAUGCUAUCCGCCCCACGCUGCACAUUACUCAGAGCCGCUGAAGAGUUGGGCCUCUGUAAGAUGUACUGCUCCGGGGACAUGGAGGCCUUCUCUUACAACGACAGAGACAACUUUAAAGAUGCAGACAACAUGGAGGUGUUCCUGACCCUGGCGGAGCGGCAGUACAUAGUGAAGUAUGAGCUGGACGGUCUGCGGGCACAGAGAGAUCUGAGAAUCCCCGGCCUGCCUGACAGCUGCACACUGCAACACCGAGACAACAUCUGGCAGAAGCUCGGGUCAGCUGGUGUUAUUGUGGACACGUUUCCUCUCCACAACCCUCCACAACUGAAGGAGCUCAGUGAAGCCUGGUACUCUGGGAAUCAGCUGGCUCAGCCUCUGGAUUCAGUCAACAGCUACUUUGGAAGCCCAGUGGCUUUCUACUUCAGCUUCCUAGAUUUCUACACCUGGUCUCUGCUUCCACCAGCGAUACUGGGCCUGUCCAUCACAUACUUCUCAGGUGAGGCUCAGAAAGAAAUGGACCAGUCAGUUUCGGGCUCCCCGGUCCAAGAUGUUGAAGCUGACUCGGGACCGGUUGUAGGUGGUCACAUGAUCCAGGCGGUGUUCAGCAUGAUUUGGUCCACGGUGGUUAUGGAGCUUUGGAAGCGUCGGAGCUCCUCCCUGUCGUACCGCUGGGGGACGCUGCACCUUGCCGGGCGCUUUGCAGAGCCAAGACCCGGUUUCCACGGUGACAUCGGGAUCAACCCUGUGACGGGUCGUAUGGAGCUGCUCUUUCCUGAAUGGCAGAGGGACCUGCGGAUGGCCCUGGUGUCAGUCCCUGUGGUGGGGCUGUUUUUAGGGAUGGUGAUAGUGGGUAUGCUUUGUUUCUACUGGGGGGAGGCCCAGGUGAAGCAGCUCCACACAGACUGGGACUCCCUGCUGUCUCAGACUCUUCUCUACAUGCCCUCAGUGCUUCACAUCGUCUAUACAAAUGUGCUAGCAACUGUGUACCGGAAGGUGGCAAAGUCUCUGACUGAAUAUGAGAACCACAGGGAGGAGUCUUCCUACGAGCACCAUUUGACAGCCAAGGUGUUGGUGUUCACCUUCUUCAACUGCUUUGCAGUGCUCUUCCACAUUGCCUUCUUCAAGCAGGAUGUGCCUUUGCUUCGAAAGCGUUUAGCAUCUUUGCUGAUAAUCACCCAGCUGGUGAACCAGGUGACGGAGGUGGUCAUUCCCUUCCUGGUGGAUCGGUUCAUCAGUGCCCCCCAUAGGACAGAGAGUGAAGACGACCCACCGGAGGACAAAUUCAGGAACCAAAGCACUCUGCCUGAUUUCCCUGGCUUGUUUGCGGAAUACAUUGAGCUCCUGGUGCAGUUUGGGUAUUUGAGUCUUUUCUCCUGCGUGUAUCCUCUGACGGCCGUUCUGCUGCUCAUUAAUAACCUAACGGAGAUACGAUCGGAUGCCUACAAGAUCUGCAAACUCUUCCGGAAACCCUUCACCCCUCCUGUGGCUAACAUGGGCGUAUGGCGGAUUGCCUUCGAGGUCCUGAGUUUUGCCUCUGUUGUGACCAACUGCUGGCUGUUAAUGCUGUCACCUUGGUUACAGGAGCUUGGUCAGGAGGGGGGUUUGACCACCACAAACAUCCUUAUGUUGGCUGUUUUAGUCGAGCACUUGCUGAUCUUGGUUAAGGUGGUUUUGGCGGUUCUGAUCCCCGAUGAGCCGGACUGGAUCCGGAAAAAGAUUGAGCAUAUUGAGUUCACAUCCAUGCAGGCCUUGAGAGAGCAGAAACUGCAUUCUGAGAAAACUUGAUUGUGUUUCAAAGCUAUUGGUGUUGCUUCACGUGUGCUGGGCUGCUACAUUCAGAAGACAGUACCAACCUCAGUGUUGUGUGGAGCCACAGAGGUUUGAGAUCUCUGCCAGGGCCCGCAUUGCAUACCGCUGUGCUUCUAAUACUGCCUGUGCACACAUAAGUGUUUCUGCUGCUCCCACUAAUUCACACGGUGCUUCUGCAAUAUAAACCACUUGAAAUGCACUCUCUAAUAUGUACACUGCGAGUGCGAUCGAAAGCGAAACAGCAGCUAAAAGUGUUUCUAUUUUUUCAAUAUAAGGCUGCAAAUGGAAUGUAAUGGUUAUGUGUGCAGACGCCCUUUUAAAAAGACUGUUAUGAUGAGGGCGGUUUUCAAAGGGUUCGUUCAGAUUUAAUGAGAAAGAGAGAACUCUGCUAGAAUAACUAUGGCAACGUUAUGUGCCGUAAGUAUUUUCAGCAUGCAAGGCCAAAGACAGACAUAACGUCAAAUGGUUUUGUCUGGAGUCACUUGGAGGAUUGUUGUUUCUCAGAUUACCUAGUGGUAAUGGUGAUUGUAAAUGAUCUACAGUUAGUAAUCAGGGUUCAUUAUAAGAGGACAGUCUCAUCACUGUAGGGGUUAUGAGAUAAAAAGAUAAACUGUUUAUCCCAUUGGGAAAUAGCUGUGUAGCAGUUGUAAAACAAAGUGGGAAGAGUGCAAAUAUGAAAUUGUGUAAAUCUAUAAGACAAAAAGCAACAAAAUGCUUUAAUCCAUCUUCUGGUGAAAGAAUUGCUCUGAAUACCUCCGAGAUGUAUCACUCAGCAGUGCAGUUACGCUAAGCUACACGGAAUUACUUAGCAUCUUUUAGCUAAUUGUUUUGGUUUUCUGGAUAAAACUGUGCUUUUGUGAUUAACUCUCCCUGCUCUAAUCAAACUCCAUCAAGCUGUUUUCAGUAAAAUAAAAAAGCUCACAUUAACCCAUUAUUUGCUAUCAAAGCACAAAGUUAGAAACUAAGGAAGCCAUAAUAAAGCCAUUAGCAGCUAAAGGGCAAGUUAUGUUUUAGAUUGAGACCAAAAACAGAGCGAAAUAGUGACUAUCACAAAAGCAGGAAAACAAAGCCUGUUGCUCAGUAACUACUGGAUGGGUAUAUAAGCAACUGUUUGCUUACACAUUAGCCAUAUCAACUUAAUUGAGACACUAUGCCAAUGUUUUUACAGUUUGUUGUGGUGCCCCCAAGUGCCAGUAUAGCUUUAGCUUCGAAAAGGUUUAGUGUUUAUGGCUCCAUCAAAUGGGGAUAAAACAUGGAAAUCGUUUGACUCAAACCUGCAGUCUAUUCUCAGUACAUGUAUGUUAAGGUGAGUUAAGUGCUCAGUGUUGAUGGUGACAAAAGUCAAAUAAAAAGACUUUUUCACAUUUAUUUAUAAUGUGUCCUAUAAUAAUGGGCGUAUUAGCUGUUACUGUUUGAAUUUACAUUUAGAGUUGUAGGAAAUUUUGACGUUGAGGUUUGCUUUGGCUUGAGUUGUUAUAAAAUUGUGCACUUCUAUUGAUGGUAUUGCCCUCUCAAAUAAUGACAGUGUGGUUAUUAUACCUUGGCACAUCUGUAACACGAUAUUAAACAUUAAAUUAUGUUCCAAGGUAUGAUUUGCAUUUAUUUUAUUUAUUUACUUAUUUAUCAGUUUAGGCUGUGGCUGAGUUGAGGCUAUUCUUCAUCUGUAGUCCCUGGACAAAAGUUGUGAAGUAACCCUAAAAAUGAUUUAUAAAAUAAUAAUGAAUUAUAAAAUAAUAAUGAAUUAUAAAAUAAUAAUGAUUUAUAAAAUGCAACACAAAGGCUGAAGACAAGAAAAUCACAUACAUACUCAACAUACAUAUUACAAUACAAAAAGAUAGCAACAGGCUAAAGCCGUACAAAACGACAGGGGACAGUAUAGUAUUAGUAUUGACAGAUCUGAUUAUUAGUUAUCCUUUAAAUGAGUUUUCAAUAGAAUGGUUUGUUCUGUAAUGGUUUUCGGGAUGAAAUUACGUUCUUAUGCAGCUCAGCCCAGUUUACAUAUUAAAGGAUUUAUUAAAGACUU